CAAAAGUUUGUGCUGAGUCAGCGAAAAGCAGAGGUUUGUUGAUUCGUGCGAAGCAAGGAGACACAAACAGAAAGACAAACAAACACAGCGCGAGCGACUGCCAACACCGCACACACACAUCAUCAUCAUCAUCAUCAUCAUCAUCAUCAACAACAACAACAGAGCAAACCAAGCCACCAGACAACGAGCAAGCCAAGCGAGGUUCACGCCAUGCCAGGCAAGAAGACACAGCAGCAGCAGCAGCAGCAGCAGCAGCAGCAGCAGCAGAAGAAGAAGAAGAAGAAGCCUGCUGGCGCGGCGAAGGUGGUGCGCAAAAGGGCAAGCGUGCUCCAGCACUUUGAGGAGGCUCCACUGUACGGUUGCUGUGUACAACAGCAACAGCAACAGCAGGGACGGCAGCAACGAGGGUGUGUGGUGUUUGUGUGUGGUGGCGGUGGCAAGGGUGAUUACGGUGUACCAAAUGCACUGACGGCAUUGCACCUCAAGGACGCCUCAUCCACCGUGCUGGCCACACACGUCGACAAGCGUGGCACCUUCAACCUUGUCGCCUCACACCCGAACUGCAGAACAGUUGUCAGCAGCAUCGACGGGGACGUGGUCGUGUUUGAUUUCGAUGGAUCAAGCUCCUUCAAGGAAACAGCAACAAUCACCGCAGACUUUGACAAGGACGAUGCAGUCGUGGCAGCGGCAGUGUUCAGUCCCAGUGGUCGAUGGCUCGCCACCGGUGGAGAGGAAGGCGUGGUGCGUGUGUGGCCGUUCCCAGCCCUUGAGGAUCCACACACCAUCAGACUCGGCAGCAAGGUGGAGUCGUUGGCGUUUGAUGCGUCGGGGAAGCUGUUGGCAUGCGCACGUCGGGGGUCAGCAGAGGUGGCCGUCUGGCACACUGUUACAAAGAAGAUGCACAAGACCAUUUCAUGGCGGAGCGAGACGCAUGUGCAGCGGGCGUGUGCAUUCGCCCGCAUUGGCGAACACGACGACUUUCUGUUCACGGCAAGCAAUGCGCGAGACCCAAAUAAAGACAAGGCAUUUGUCGUUCAGUGGGACGCGGCAACAUGGGCGCCAACAGCGCUGCAGCCGCUACGAAAACCCGCCCUCACAACGCUCGCAACCAGCCCCUCUGGCCAGUAUUGCGCCGUGGGUGAUGUGGAGGGUGGUGUCACCAUCCUUGAUGCAGAAACUCUCAAGGUGCUGGUGCGGGCGCAGCCGCACGUGCUGUUUGUGACAUCGUUGGCAUUUGUGCCGCCAUCAGAGACGCAGCAAGAGGCCGUCAUCAGCGUAUCUGGUGACCAGGCGUGCUUCCUCACUCCCGUCAAGGCAACUCCAGCUUGGCAAACGGGAUUGCUUGUUCUCCUGCUCAGCGUCAUCGUCGGUGUCAUUGCGCAUUUCAUCAUCAACGUUCUUCCCGCAGCCACAGCUGCAUAACACACACACACACACACACACACACACACACACACACACACACACACACACACACACACUUGCUGCAUGCCUUCUCUCCUCUUGGCUUUUUGUUCUUUCCUGUUAUCGCUGGCGCGUGUCAAGUAACGAUAGAAGAGAAUUGAACACCACACCGCCACCGCCGUCCGUGUGCGGUCCAUGAUGUGUUGUUGGUUUGGGGUUUUU